AUGGAAACAGGCAAAAAGGAAGAAUCAGAAGAAAAAGCAACAAUCAAGAAGAAGAAUAUUUUUCAACAACUGGCCGAGGACAGCAUUAAACUUGGCGGAAUCUGGAAUGCCCAACCAUCAAAAGCAAAUCGAGACGAAAAACGAGAGGAUGAUACUGGAUCGGCGAGAAACAACAAAUUCUAUUGGAACAGCAAUUGGUGGAAGUGA